CCAUUCCUCCCACAAGGGCCCUCCAAAGAUGUCGCUCCUCCAGUCCCUCAAAUCCCGACUACCCUCUCGAAAUUGGUGCAUAUUUUUGGGCACUACAUCAACUAUCACGGGCCUCGCAAUCUACGAUAAAUAUCAUCUUCGCAAUGUGAGAAAAGAGCUGGACCAAAAGGCAGCCAUUCUUGCGAACGAACCAAUGCAGACAUGGGAGGUGCCAAGGAAAGUUAAAGUAUACGUUGCUCCAACUCACUGGGCAAGAUAUUGGUUCAAGCAAUAUAUUAAACCUGUUUUCGACUCUGCCGCGCUAGACUACGAAGUCGUCGAGCCAAAAGCCGCUGGACAAAUUCACCACACUGUUCGUGAUUUGAUAUGGACAGGAAAAGACGAGCAGCGAGCACUCCCUCCCGGCCACCGAUACGAACCCAACCCAUAUGCUGCCUUGGGGAACCCUUUGGAACGUCCAAAAUACUCUGCUGAUGAAGGACUGAUAGCGGUUGGACCAAACGCGUGGAGAGAAGUGCUACGGGGAUUGAAGGAAGGGGCUCUAGCGGAACGCCCCCCACCAGCAGCAGUUACCCCCGUCGAGCCGACCACAAACGCAGAUUCAGAGAAAACGGACGCGCCCUCCGAUACCCCAAACGACGAAGCCACAGCGACACCCGAGCCACCACUUGAGCUCUCCGAACACAAUCUUCCAAGCUUCCCUCUCCCCCAACUCGGCUAUAUUACCGGGCGAAACCAAUCCGGCUGGACAGGCUUCCCAAGGCGCGUGUACGGAUGGUUCACCGAACGAGACACUGCACGAGAGAUUGGCGAGGAGGCAUUAAAAGUUGCGUUCGGGCGCGUGCGAGAGUUUGACGUGGACCACGAUCCCAGUUUGGGUUCGAAAGAUGUAUAUGUUAACAAAGAGUGGAGCGAGGAGCAAAAGAAGUCAGCGGAAAGUGUGGAGAUACCGAGAACUGUUGGAGAGAAACUGUAUAUUUACAAUUAAGAGCUCGAUAGUCAUUGGAUAUUUAAUCUCCCUUUGUGUUUAGAUUAGCUAUUUUGUUAUAGGCAUCGUAGCAUAGCCCAAUGUGUAUAGUCAAUGCAUUACCCAUCAUUGCUGUUUCUUGUAUCAUUAUUAUUAACAAGCAUCUGCAUGGGCUAUCGCCGGAUGGAACUCAUA